CCAAUCAAACGGGAGUCUCUCCAUUGUUAAAGCCAAAAAAAUUAUAUACACACAAAAUCCUGUAUCUAUAAAUCGACUCCUGCGAGUUGAAUAAAAUCAGGGUUUUUCUAGGGUUUUUAAAAUCUUGUGCCCCCAAAAAUGGCUUCUUCCAAUGGCGUGAAGCUUCUCCGAUUGCUCUCUCGUCACUCUCUCCGCUCAAGAUUGCUCCACGAUCCUUCCUCAAUCGCCAUAUAUGAGUCGUUUCUGAAAGGGGCUACUAGAAACUUUGGUACAGUGAUUGGCGGGCACUCCAGGAAUGUUACUAAUUCACACAUCAUCAAUGUUGGUCAUACGAACUGUUUGAGUCUUGGAGUAGUGAAAGCCAAUCUUGGGGGAUUGAGAUCAAUUCAUGGAACAACAUCGAUGGCAUCAAAAGAUUUUUAUGAGACACUUGGUGUGACAAAGAAUGCAACGCCAUCUGAUAUCAAGAAAGCUUACUAUGGACAAGCAAAGAAGUUACAUCCAGAUACAAACAAAGAUGAUCCUGAAGCUGAAAAGAAAUUUCAGGAAGUCCAGAAAGCAUAUGAGGUUCUGAAAGAUGAAGAUAAACGCGCACAAUAUGAUCAGCUUGGUCAUGAAAAUUAUAUAAGAUUUGGUGAGGGUGGUGGUGGUGACCCAGAUCAAGGAGGUUGGGGCCAAGGAUUCCCAUUCGGCGGUAGUCCAUUUGGUGCUGAGGAUAUCUUCAGUAAAAUAUUCGGCAACAGAGACUUUGGCGGCAGGGAUGUUAAGGUUUCGCUUGAACUAUCAUUUAUGGAAGCAGUACAGGGUUGCACAAAAACUGUUUUGUUCCAAACAGAGUUGCCUUGUGACGCUUGCGGCGGGUCUGGCGUUCCUCCAGGAACCAAACCCGAGACAUGUCGGCGGUGUAGAGGGGCGGGGAUGACAAAUCAGCAAAGUGGUCCAUUCAGGAUCCAGGUUACUUGUAGUCAGUGUGGUGGGAGUGGCAAAUAUGUGAAGAGCUUAUGCAAAUCUUGCAAUGGUCAGCGAGUGGUGAGAGGACCAAAGUCUGUCAAAUUGGAUAUCAUGCCGGGAGUAGAUGAAAGUGAAACCAUGAAAGUAGCCAGAAGUGGUGGAGCGGAUCCUGAUGGUAAUCAACAUGGUGAUCUCUAUGUUACGUUUAAGGUCCGAGAAGACCCUAUCUUCAGAAGAGAAGGUCCUGACAUUCAUGUUGAUGCCAUUUUAAGUAUUACUCAGGCUAUCUUGGGUGGAACGAUCCAGGUUCCUACUCUAACAGGAGAUGUUGUUCUUAAGGUUCGUCCUGGAACUCAACCUGGUCAGAAGGUUGUUUUGAAAAAGAAAGGGAUCAAAACAAGAAACUCUUUCUCAUUCGGAGAUCAGUUUGUGCAUUUCAAUGUCACCAUCCCGAUGAAUUUGACCCAGAGGCAGCGUGAAUUGAUUGAGGAGUUCUCAAAAGAAGAGCAUGGAGAAGAUGAUAAAAGGGAUGAGAAAAGGAAUGCAGCUGGCGCAUCAGGUUAACAAAGCUUUAUAUAUCUUGCUCUGCUUCAUUAUACUACCUAGCCGAAGCAGAAGUAAAAGCAAUUUUUUGGGGAUAUCGGAAGCAAAUAUAUUCCUCACACCCAACAUGGAGAGUUUUGUAGGAGUAAGAUUCAUGCAUUGUAACCUUUUCCUUCUGUUCUGAGAGGUAUGUGUAAUGACUUUUAUUAAUCAAAAGAUAAUUUAUAUAAAUUGCUAGUACCGGAGAAUGGCAAGUCUUAUAUAAUAGGUGAUUCUGUACAUAAACUAGUGUUAAGCUUUAUUGUAACACGAAUAACUGAGGUCACAUUUAAGGACUCAAUGCCAUUCCUUUCUAUUACGGUAAGCCAUUGGUCUGUUUGUUC